CACUCUUUGCAUACUUGACUAUCAGAUACCAAAAGGGCUGACAAGGAUCAGUGAAAGAUCUGAAGAGGUCCAAUUGGUCAGACAAUCACCAUCCAUCACUGAAGCUUAAGAAUAAAUUGAGGACAUCGUGGUGCUCUUUGGUGGCCCGAAACCCCAUGAAAUAGAAGGCUGAUCAGCUCUAAUCUUCACAAGGAUUUAUCAACCCAACCCAUCCACAAUGAAGGCAUUCAGCAUUGCAGUUGCAGUGACACUCGUGCUCGCCUUUGUUUGCAUUCUGGGGAGCGCUGCCGUCCCGUUCGCAGGGGUCCAGGAACUGGAGGAGGCAGGGAGCAGUGAAACUCCAGUCGCGGCACAUCCAGAGACGUCAAUGGAAUCGUGGAUGAUGCCAGAUCACAUCAGGCAGAAGCGCCAGAGUCACCUCUCCUUGUGCCGCUAUUGCUGCAGCUGCUGCAAGAACUACAAGGGCUGCGGUUACUGCUGCAAGUUCUAAGGAGUCCUGCAGCAACCACAGAUUAUUAAUUUAUUAUGUUUGUUUUGUCUCUCUUCAAGAAAUGGUGUUUUCUUUGCCUCUUUCUCCCUUUCUGGUUGACAGUUUUAAUAGAAUUAUUCAUCCAAACAAAUGAAAUGAUACUCUAUUUAUUUUGUAUAUUUCAACUUUUUAUAUCUAUGUAUAUGAAUGUGAAUUUCUUUUUUAAAGAUUGCAUCAGAUGUCAAGAAGCUUUUUUUAUUUUUCUAAAAAUAAGUUUUUGAUGCUAAAUGAAAUAAAUCGUAUCUGAACCAAAGAUAAAAA